CUUCAUUUAAGGUUUCGAAGUAAAAGGAGUUCCGCUUUCGGCUUACUUCAAGGGACUGUAGUACAUUUCAUUCACACGAAAGCGCCUCCAGAGGUCCACGUCAUUGUCCCACGGAUAUUGCAGUACUCGACACUACCGCCUUUUUGGCUGCACCUUUCGAAGUCACCCAACAUGGCAAAAGACAAACCUCCAAAGCCCAAAGGCGUCCCAAACAAGCAUUUGCACGCGCGGACUACCUUCCUUUAUCAGGCUGCUACCUACUUGACUUUACAUUCUUCGAUCAACAAAAACGAAUGUAGACCAAACGAUGCAAUACCAUCAGAAACACAUUCUAUUCAACAGCCGUCACCUCUUGCCCUCCAGCUUGGUUCCGAUCUCCAUACUGUGUCUCGAAAGGCACAGCUUAGACUUUCCAUUGAUCUGAAGCGCUCUGUGUGCAAGAGCUGCAAUGCAAUACUGGUACCUGGGCAUACGGCAACACAGAUAACUGAGAAUGUGAGCAAAGGCGGUAAAAAGCCGUGGGCAGAUGUCUUGGUUGUUAGUUGCAAUCGUUGUGGGAGCAAGAGAAGGAUGCCCGUUGGCGCAAAGAGACAGCCGAAAAAGCGAGACCGAUUCGCCGCCCCAGAAACCGCGACAACGAGCGAUAUGGAGGGUGUUGAAGCGACAACUCCUGUAGUGCACACAGCCACAGAGCAGAGUCCUAGCUCAGGCUGAAAUUCC